AGGUGUCUAAGUAGGCGGGGGACUCCGUGUGGUCCCGGGAACCGAACCCGGAGGAGAACAUGGGGGCCCAGAAUUUGAGGGGCGAGGGGAAAAAACCACGGGGCACCCCCAAACCCCUUUCUCGGGUUCGAGCUCUCUGCCAGAAGAGGCUCAGAGAGACAUUUUCCCUGGGAUCUAAGGCAUGGGGGUGGCUUGCUGGGGGUGAAGGGCUCAUUAGCCUCAAUUCUGGAAACUUUAAAAGGUGUUGGCAUAGAGAGUAGAUGGCGUGCAGGGCCAUGACCCUGUGGCCUGGCACCGGCCGUAAUGACCUCUUUACCCUGUCCCCUUCCUGGCCGCGUUGUCUUCCCGGACCUCGCCCCCGUCCCGUCGGUAGUGGCUGCCAACCCGCUUGGCCUGUCCCCCGAAACCGCAGCUUCCCCUGAUUUGUCCUACUCCCAGCCUUAUGGCCACCUCCUGUCCUAUUCCUACCGGGCAGCAACUCCAGGAGACUCCUACCUGCUCAGCCAGCAACUCUCGGAGGUGCCAUCUCAGUCCUUCCACCGGGCAGCUGAACAUCCUCAGGAACUCGAAACAGAAUCAGAGAAACCGGUGCUGUCCCCUGAGCCCUCCCAGCAGCCUCUGACUGGGAAGCUCCACAAACCUGGAACUAUCUACUCCAGCCUGCAACUGCAACACCUAAAUCAGCGUUUCCAGCACAUGCAGUACCUGGCCCUGCCCGAGAGGGCCCAGCUGGCAGUGCAGCUUGGUUGGACUCACCCAAACCCAGGUAGAGAGAUCUGGUUUCAGUACAAAUGCCCCCAAUACAAGAAGCUCCUGAAAAAGAAUUCUGGGGGUCAGGAAGAAGACUUCUCUGGGAGACACCCCUCCCUGUCUCCCUGCUCUCCAAAUCUUCUAUCCAUCUGGGAUCUACCCAAGGUGGGCACCUUGCCCACCAGUGGCUAUGACCAUGGCUUUGGAGUCUGGCAUCAGCAUCAUUCCCCAGAUAUGCUGUUCCUGCCUCAGAUGAUGUGAGUCUGGGAAAGGGCUGGUCAGGCUCCAUCCCUCCUGUCAAGCCCAGGACCAGCAUACCUGCCCCCCUUCUGGGGGGAGAGGAAACUAACUCCAGAUGGAUUUUCUCAAGACAAGAAGCAAAAGGAGGAAAAAGAACAGAGUGGAAGUCUGGUUCUCCAAGCCAGAUAGCUAAAUCAAAGGCUUUAAUCUUUGCAACUGUCCCCAGUGCUAGGACAAAGGAUUUAGAGAGAGCUUCACUGGCUAGAGUUUAAACCGCCACAGUGUUGCCACUCCUCCCCUCUUCAAAUGACUGAAGCCCCACCACAGCCUAGGAUCUAAGCCAGGAAGAAAACAAAUAUUAUUUCUAACUGGCACCUUGGACCCUACCAGCCCAUCCAUGGACAAAACCAGAAGUGGACACAGAGUCUUUGUUGGUGGCCACCAUAAAAUCCGUGCUUUUCACCUACCAGUUAUCAGUCCAUCACCUCCCUAACUGGAGGUAUGGUCCAGUGGUAGGGUAAGUGGAAGGGCCCCAGCACCAAAACAAAACAUGGAGUGUUGGACUGUGGGCAAUUUUUGCUUCUCUCGUUUAAAAGGCCCUCUACUCCCAUAUCUACUCAUUUUGAGCUGAUAAGUCCUGGGCUUAAUCCUCCAUAUAAUUCAAAGGUAUGUAUUAAGAGCAUAGGCUCCUCCAUCCUUGAAAUCUAAGAAGUCCACCUGCACAUAUUCUUGGAAGCCUAGAAUGAAAACUGGAUCAAAUAAGUUCUCUAGAUAAAAACAAGCAUUGAUGCCUCCAAAUAAUGGCGUAGGUGUGCUGGGCGGUGGUGGCGCAUGCCUUUCAUCGCUGCACUCUGGAAGCAGAGGCAGGCCGAUCUCUGUGAGUUCAAGGCCAGCCUGGUCUACAGAGCUAGUUCCAGGAUAGCCAGGGCUGUUACACAGAGAAACCCUGUCUUGAAAACCAAAAUAAUAAUAAUAAUAAUAAUAAUAAUAAUAAUAAUAAUAACAAUAAUAAUAACAAUAAUAAUAAUAAUAGGGUAGGCUUGGCAUUUCAGCUCCUCACAGUUGUCUCUGUCCAAGAAUCUGCUCCAAUUCACCAUUAUUCUGUACAGCAUCCCCCAGGCACUUGCCAUCUCUCAAACCACAAGCCUCAGAUAUUAAAAUGUAUACAAAUAUAAAACAAACAAACACCCUCAGUGUCCUGGAUGUUAUGCAUCAGUGUCUCCCGGAUUCACCCUGGCUAUUGCUAGUUGUCCACCUUUUCUCUGUCAUCAUAUACAUCCUCUCUUUGACCAGAAGUCAUAGAUACUAGAUUCUUUUUUAAUGAUU